GAAAGUGUGCGAUGUGGCCGUUGAAUCUGGAAUUGGAUUUGGACUCUUGGAAAGCGGUUUCAAAUCUCGUCCUGUUGCUGUUGUUGUUGCUCUGCCUGCAGCCGAAGGGAUCACGUGCAGACGCGGAGUCACAGGAUUUUCAAAAAAACAUACCCGCACGUUUGGUUUGGGCCGCAACCGGCAAGACCGUCGAGCUGCCCUGCGAUUUGUCGCCGCCAACGCCGCAGGAUUCGGUGAAGUUGCUGCUUUGGUUCAAGGAUACCACCGGUAUACCGCUGUACAGUCUGGACUCGCGCGGUGGCAAUGUGAAGUUGGCGCCACAUGCGGCCAUAGCUAGCGAUCUGGGUCAACGUUUGUUCUUUAGCAUCGGCGAUAAUCCCAAGGACUCGCGCCUACAGAUUAAAGAUGUUAAGCCCGAGGAUGGCGGCGUCUAUCGCUGUCGCAUCGAUUUCUUUAACUCGCCCACUCGCAACUUUAGGCAUAAUCUAACUUUAGUGGUGCCUCCCGAGGAGCCACGCAUCUUUGAUGCGCAGGGCAAGGAGAUCUCCCAAAUGGCAGGACCAUUUCGCGAGGGUUACGAGCUGUUUCUUUGCUGUCAAGUGAGGGGAGGUCGUCCACCGCCGAAGGUCACCUGGUGGCGGGACGGUCACGAGCUCAUCGGCACCAGUCACACCUCAGUCGAGGAGGGGGCCACUGUCAUGGUGAAUCAGCUGCUCAUUGGCACCACCACACGGGAUUAUUAUGGAGCGCGCAUUGAGUGCCGGGCACAAGGAACACGUCUCCUCGAGCCUGUCACCAAAGAUGUCACCGUGCAAGUUCACCUGAAACCCAUUCGAGUGAAGAUCCUAACACCCAAUGAUCUACUCACAGCUGGACAUCCGAUGGCCAUACGCUGUGAAUCGUGGGGUUCGUAUCCGGCUGCCAAGAUUACUUGGCUUUUGGAUGGUGAGCCCAUACGCAAUGCCGAGGUCACGCUGCACAGUGAUAAGGAGGAUGCAAACAUCACCACCAGCAUUUUGACAUUGAAGGUGACAUCGGAGAACGACAAUGCGGAAUUGACGUGUCGAGCUACGAAUCCUUGGUUCUCCGGCGGCGCCAUUGAGGACAAGCGUAUUAUACGUGUGGCAUAUCCGCCCUCCGUGUCGGUGCACUUGGCCAACGAGGAUCCCAGCCGUAUGGUUACACGUGCCGAGGGCCAAAAUGUCACGUUCAAGUGCCGUGCGGAUGCGAGACCUCCGGUUACCAGCUACUCCUGGUUCAAGAACGGCAUGCGAAUGUCUGGCGAGAGCACGGAUAUCAUGCACUUGACACAGCUGGAGCGGGAGAGCGCGGGGGCCUAUGCCUGCGGGGCGACGAACACGGAGGGGGAGACGCGGAGCUCCAGUCUCACCCUGAAAGUGCAGUUUUCGCCGCGCUGUAAGCCGGGCACAGAGCAAACCUCCAUUGGAGCCAUCAACAUGCACUCAAUACAGGUCAAAUGCGAGGUUGACGCCGAUCCGCCCGAGUCGGUCAGAUUCAGUUGGACGUACAACAAUACACGCAACGUGUCGCCAGUGCUCAACUCCAGGAUACAAUCGAAUGGUUUGACCAGCACUAUGACGUAUCUACCACAAACCGACUCCGAGUUAAUAACUCUAGCUUGUUGGGCCAGCAAUGUGGUGGGCAGACAGACGGCGCCAUGUCUCGUACACAUAUUGCCAGCAAAUGCUCCUGAGGCACCCAAAGCGUGUGAGCUGAGAAACGAUACCGUCCUGGAGGUGGUCUGUGUGGCGGGCAGCGACGGCGGACUCUCUCAAUACUUUAUGCUCGAGGUUGUGGGCGGAGAUUUACUGUAUGCCAGCGAGGCGGCUGCGGGGGGUAGAAGUCAGUUUGGUGAGACGCUUGGCCAAAACGACAACGAGAUCUCCACGCUCAAUGAUCAGGCUACAUCUGCACCCAUCUUUCGCAUGCAGGAGAACAGUCCACAAUUUCGUUUGAAUAAUUUAGAGCCGGGACGUGAAUAUCAAUUUUUAGUUUAUGCCGUUAACGCCAAGGGACGCAGCGACCCGCCGGUGGUGAUUGAACGUGUGCGCGUGGCUGCACAACUGGGACCAUAUGAUGAAUCGAUACUCUCGGAGGAUCCAACGCCCGCGGAAACCACGCAUCAUGGCGGAGGCAGCAGCAGCAACGGCAUCGGUGGCAGCGGCAGCUCGGCGGUUGGCGUCGGCGCUGGCGCCAGCAUUGGCAGCGGACCGGAGAAGCAAUCGACGCUGCUGAUACUCGCCGCCGUUGUGGCGAUAGGCGCCGUCAUUGUGACGUCAAUUAUCGUGGCCGGCAUCGUCGUUGUCUGUCGACAUCGGCCGCGGCCACCUGAGCCGCAGGAAGUGCGCAAGAGCAUGCGGCCGGCGCGAAACGAUGUACCCUCGAUGUACAUUGAAGAGGACGAACUGAACGAGCUGGAGGAGGGCGGCGGACGAGCAGCGGAGAUACGAGCACGCAUAACACCUGCGACCUCGCACCUCUGUGGUGGAAGGGGUGGUGCUGGUGUUGGUAUUGGCCCCGGCGGUGGUGGCAUUGUGGGCGUUGGCGGGCCACAUCAUUACAUCUCCGAGAGCUUCAUACAGUACGCGCAGCCCAGUCUAAACGGCGAUGUCCUGCUACCUUUGCUUGUUACCACCAGCCAGCCAGCGUCGAGCAGUCAUCGUUACCUUCGUGCAGCUGCUCCGGUCUCAGCCACAAUGUCGGACGUGGUCGUGGCCAUGCCCCAACCAGUUGCUGCCAAGUUUUGUGCAACAGCUGCCAAUGCAGCUGCCUGGCCGCCCAAAUACCCGGAUCUGAUAUUACCGCGCGGUGAAUUGGAAUUUACGACUCUGGAUCCAACGCUGAAGUAAUUGUAAAAAGUAAUAAUAUCUACCGCAGUACAUACAUAUAUAUAUACAUGAACCCCUUCACACCAGGCCGAGCCGCUCUCAUCGCCACGAGGUUGCACUAUGAAGGCUUUAGGCAUCAUACUCGUAAUUCAUGGGCAUUUCAUUUUAUCGUACAUAGCUGUAAAUUUUUAGCAUAAAUUUAAAUAUAUUAAUGUCAAAGGUAUUACAUAAGUGCAUCUAUGCAUAUAUCCUUGUCUGUGCAUCAGCAUAAAUUGCAAACAUAUUCGGGAAAUGGAAAUGGUAAAGGGAUAAAUGGAUAUAAGGAAAUGGCUGCCUUUGCCUUGCUCUAUAAAUACACACAGCAAUCCUGUAACUCAAAUCAAAAAGUGAAUUUUGUAAAUAUCAUAACACACUCACUGUCACACUCAUACACUCUUACUGUUGAAAAUCAAAAUAUAAAAUGUUUGUAUUGGCCUCUGUAAUUUCAAUUGCAGCAGCGACAUCAAAUGUACAUAGAAAUACCGGGCAAACAUUAAUCAAACUGCAUUUAAAUGUUGAAUUAAAUAAAUUUAAUUAUUGAACAAGUAAGUUGUUAAGCUAGUUAAUAGGAAUCUUUUAGUCGCUAGGCAGAUUAACUAUAUUACAUUAUAAAUUUAAAUUGUAAUAAGACUCAAAGAGCAAACAGAUGAAGAGUAAUUAAAUAUAACUCAGACUAGGAACUAGGACACAUUUGCAAUAUAUUUGCAUGAAUUGUAUCUGUAUGCGUAUGUAUGAUAUUCAAGAAUUUAUUACUACAAAACUGAUAUCAAUAUCGAUUAGCCAUACUCAGUUAACUGGUCCUGCAGCUAACUCACAGAAAUUCGAGAAAUUGCCCCCAAGCGCCACGCCCAUUUUUGCAUUUGAAUUUAUGCAAUUUUCAUAAUAGAUUUGUACAAAAGAAAAUUGCUGGCCAAGUUAGCAACUAUUUAUAUGAAUUCAUGAAUAUUCUAUUACCAUAACAAAGGCAGGCUGAAAAGUAAGCGCAAACUUCGCAAACAUAAUGAAUAAAUGUUAAAUAAAUUACAGGCCCAAAAAUAUAACUAAACAGAAGCAGAACAAGAAAUAGUAACAACAACAAUAAUACGAAUUAAUUCAUUGUAUGUACAUGCUAUAAAUAAAUAACUCUGAAGUAACCAAACGACUAACAACAACAAAUCUUAAAUAAAAUAUAAUUCAUGUAGUCGUAUUUGAAUGUGAAUGUGAAUACCAAAUACGAUAACACGAAACCAAAUGGCAGCCUAGCAAAAUAUACACUGCGUAUGCGUAAUAAAAUAAAUUAAAAUUUUACCAAAAAGAGAAAAAACCGAAUAGUUUUGGAGACAAAGCAAAGGGAAUUGGGCAAAUUGAACUGUCUCCUAUGAGUUCUUAUUCUCUCUGUCCUUGCCUCUGUCUCGGUGACUGUCUCUUUCACUCUAACUCUGUGUCUCUCUCUGAAUAAAUUGAUAAAACUAAACUGAUUGUUUUUAAGGCGUGGUUAGAUUUAC